GUAGAAAAGUAAAAGGGCCGGAUAAUCCAAUUUACUCGGGCCGAAAAAAUAUAAAUAACUCAAAGCUCAUUGUAAUCUUUGAUAUAGCGCAGGGAGACAUCAAACUCAGUAACGAAGAAUGCAACAGAAGCCUAUUCGGAAAAAUAAUUGGCGAUAGACCAGCAAGUUGGAUUGGUAUAAAACGCGCAAUGUCGCAGAUAUGGAAGCUAAAUCAUCCCAUGGAGGUCAAGGAACUCUGCCCAAAUUAUUUUCAAUUCAUAUUCCAGAACCGUGACGAUAUGAAGAAGGUUGCCAAUGGCACAAAUUGGAGCUUCGAAAAUCAGUACAUCAUCCUUAAAGAAUGGGAAGCAAGUAUCAACAACAAGCAUCCAGGGUUUCAGGAGCUCAAUCUAUGGGUACAGGUCCAAAACAUUCCUCUAAACUGGAUCAGUACCGAAGUGGGAUUAAAGAUAGGACAAGCCUUCAAUAAAGUUAAGAAUGUGGUUAUUGCAACUACCGGGAAUCAUGGGGGUAAGAUUCUCAAGCUUCUUGUUACUUUGAAUGUGAAUGAGCCUCUUCCCAGAAUGGCUAAGGUCAGACUUGGAGACCAACUAGUUAAUGUUGGAUUUAAGUACGAGAAACUCAUCAACCUAUGUCACUAUUGUGGAAAAUUGGGUCACUUGGACAGGGGAUGUCUCAAAAAAAUGGAGGAUAUCAGAAACAACUCCCUUCAAGAGGGACAAUAUGGUGAUUGGAUGAGGGCAGCCGAUGGCUUCAGAGGGAGUACUUUCAGUUUAUCUGGUUCUAGAUCAUCCCCACCUCCAGAAUCUCCUAUUGCUACUGACAAUGGCACUUCCCAAAGAGCCUCAUCAAGCCAUUGUGCUGAUCAGAAUCAAAUUAUUCCUAGCAUAGGAAACACAGAAUCUCCGGCUAAAUCUAUUGGGGCACCAUCUGUGGUCUCAGCCAACCAAAGCAGAGAUGAAGAAGAGGAACAUGAAGUAGCCAAUCUGCAGAUUGUGGAAUCCUCUAUCAUGGAAGUAGAAACAGGAGACACAGCUCUAGUCACAGAUCUUUCUUCACCGGGAAAAUCCUUUCAAAUCUCUAAAUCCCAGCCUCUCAAAUCUUGGAGAAGAUCAGGCACAAGGAUGGGCAGGCUUCUCAGAACCAAUGAAGCUCUUAUU